UGAUAAGUGGCUGGAAUGUACGUCAUAAGUGUUACUAUAAAAUCUGAUAGUCGCAGUCUGAGUGGUCAAACCGAUAAAGUGAGUUUUGAAAUUGUUUUUUUAAUGAAGCUUCUAAUUUUAAUAGCAGCUUUGGCUGCAAUUCAAAACAUAGAAGGGCAUUAUUUUGAAAAAUUCAAAACUCUGAGGCGCCCUAUCCCGUUGGAUGCCACUGAUCCUGUUAUCCUUACCCCACUGAUCGAGUCUGGUCGACUGGAAGAAGCAAGAAACUUGUCUCGAGUAAAUCAUCCAGAGUUCCGUGGAAUAGAGUUUUAUUCUGGAUACCUUCAAGUAGAUAAAGUGUUUGACAACAAUUUAUUUUUUUACUUCUUCCCUUCUGAAGGUGACUACUUAAAAGAUCCUGUUUUGCUCUGGCUCCAAGGGGGACCAGGUGCUCCAGCUGGAUACGGAUUGUUCCUGAUAAAUGGUCCUUUUAUUGUGAACAAAAAUUAUAGUGUAGAUCUGCGAGAGUACAGAUGGACUAAGAACCAUUCGGUGUUGUACAUUGAUAAUCCUGUUGGCACUGGCUUCAGCUUCACCACUAAGAAUGGAUAUGCACAAAACCAAACAAAAGUUGGAGAAGACCUCUAUGAAGCCUUGCUACAAUUUUUCACAUUAUUUUCUGAAAUUCAAGGUAAUGAUUUUUGUAUUAUUGGGGAAUCUUAUGCUGGUAAAUAUGUGCCAGCAAUCGGCUACACUAUCCUUCAAAACAACCCAACUGCUGAUCUAAAGAUCAAUUUAAAAUCAUUGGCAACUGGUAAUGGAUUAAGCGAUGCAGUCCAUCAAUCUAACUAUGGAGAUUAUUUGUAUCAAAUAGGAUUAGUUGAUAAGCAAACCAGGGAUAUUUUUCACGAAUACAGCUCCUUAGUUAGUAAAUAUGUUGCAGAAGAAAAUUGGUAUGAAGCCACAAAGAUUUUCAAUGAACAAGUGGGAAACUUAAUUUCCAAUGCCACAGCCAUUGACAGCCUAUACAAUUAUCUGCAAAUGGAUCCUGACGAAGAAGAGUAUUGGCAAAAGUAUAUUCAAGAAGAACUAAGAGAUCCAUUGCAUAUCGGUAACACGGAAUUCAAUAGCGGACCAGUAUUUGAUCUUCUGUAUGAGGACAUUUGCAAAAGUGUAGCGCCAUGGAUAGCAGAACUUCUAAGCCAUUACCGAUUUCUGAUAUACAGUGGACAAGUCGAUGUUAUUGUGGCGUAUCCUUUGACAGAAAACUUUUUGCAAAAUUUAAACUUUAAUGCUGCAGAAGAAUAUAAAAGAGCGAGCAGGGAAGUUUGGAGCGACGAAGAAGGUACAGUGGGUUAUUACAAGCAAGCUGGGAAUUUGACCGAGAUGCUAAUUCGGAACGCUGGGCAUAUGGUGCCAGUUGCUCAGCCUCAGAGAGCAUAUAGGAUGGUAUAUAAUUUUGUGAGGAAUAAACCGUUUGCAGAAAGUGUCUAGUAUAUUUUUAAUAAAUAAAUGUUCAAGUA